AUGAAGACGGUCAGUGUUGCCUUAGUUUUGUGUCUGAAUGUCGGUGUGGACCCUCCAGAUGUGGUGAAGACCACGCCCUGCGCGCGUUUGGAGUGCUGGAUAGAUCCUCUGUCCAUGGGCCCUCAGAAAGCUCUGGAAACCAUCGGUGCGAAUUUGCAGAAGCAGUACGAGAACUGGCAGCCAAGGGCCCGGUACAAGCAGAGCCUCGACCCAACCGUGGACGAGGUCAAGAAGCUCUGCACGUCUUUACGCCGCAACGCCAAGGAGGAACGGGUCCUCUUCCACUACAACGGCCACGGGGUGCCCAGGCCCACGGUGAACGGGGAGGUCUGGGUCUUCAACAAGAACUACACGCAGUACAUCCCCCUGUCCAUCUAUGACCUGCAGACGUGGAUGGGCAGCCCGUCGAUAUUCGUCUACGACUGCUCCAACGCCGGCCUUAUCGUCAAGUCCUUCAAACAGUUCGCCCUGCAGCGGGAGCAGGAGCUGGAGGUAGCUGCAAUUAACCCAAACCACCCACUGGCCCAGAUGCCUUUGCCACCGUCCAUGAAGAACUGCAUCCAGCUGGCGGCCUGCGAGGCCCACGAGCUCCUGCCCAUGAUCCCCGACCUCCCGGCCGACCUGUUCACAUCCUGCCUCACCACCCCCAUCAAGAUCGCCCUGCGCUGGUUUUGCAUGCAGAAAUGUGUGAGUCUGGUGCCUGGAGUCACCCUGGAUUUGAUAGAAAAGAUCCCCGGCCGGCUGAACGACAGGAGGACUCCUCUGGGCGAGCUGAAUUGGAUCUUCACAGCAAUCACAGACACCAUCGCGUGGAACGUGCUCCCCCGGGAUCUCUUCCAAAAGCUCUUCAGACAAGACCUGCUGGUGGCUAGUCUCUUUCGGAAUUUUUUGCUGGCGGAAAGGAUCAUGAGGUCGUACAACUGCACUCCCGUCAGCAGCCCGCGGCUGCCCCCGACUUACAUGCACGCCAUGUGGCAGGCCUGGGACCUCGCCGUCGACAUCUGCCUGUCUCAGCUGCCAACCAUCAUCGAGGAAGGCACCGCGUUCAGGCACAGCCCGUUCUUCGCGGAGCAGCUGACCGCGUUCCAGGUGUGGCUCACCAUGGGCGUGGAGAACCGGAACCCGCCCGAGCAGCUGCCCAUCGUCUUGCAGGUGCUGCUGAGCCAAGUGCACCGCCUGAGAGCCCUGGACUUGCUGGGCAGGUUUCUGGACCUGGGGCCCUGGGCAGUGAGCCUGGCCUUGUCUGUCGGCAUCUUCCCCUACGUGCUCAAACUGCUCCAGAGCUCAGCCCGGGAGCUCAGGCCGCUGCUGGUUUUCAUCUGGGCCAAGAUCCUCGCCGUGGACAGUUCGUGCCAGGCGGACCUCGUCAAGGACAACGGCCACAAGUACUUCCUGUCGGUCUUGGCAGACCCCUACAUGCCAGCUGAACACAGGACCAUGACAGCGUUCAUUCUCGCUGUGAUUGUCAACAGCUAUAACACGGGACAGGAAGCCUGCCUUCAGGGCAACCUGAUCGCCAUCUGCCUGGAGCAGCUCAGCGACCCGCACCCCCUGCUGCGCCAGUGGGUGGCCAUCUGCCUGGGCAGGAUCUGGCAGAACUUCGACUCGGCCAGGUGGUGUGGCGUGCGGGACAGCGCUCAUGAGAAGCUCUACAGCCUGCUGUCCGACCCCAUUCCAGAGGUCCGCUGUGCGGCUGUGUUUGCGCUUGGCACGUUCGUGGGCAACUCUGCUGAGAGGACGGACCACUCCACCACCAUCGACCACAACGUGGCCAUGAUGCUGGCCCAGCUGGUCAAUGACGGGAGCCCUGUGGUGCGGAAGGAGCUGGUGGUGGCCCUGAGUCAUCUCGUAGUUCAGUAUGAGAGCAAUUUCUGCACCGUGGCCUUGCAGUUCAUGGAGGAGGAAAAGAACUACCCGCUGCCUUCGCCAGCCGCCACAGAGGCUGGGAGUCUGACCCCGGUGCGGGACAGUCCCUGCACCCCCAGGCUGCGUUCCGUGAGUUCCUACGGGAACAUUCGAGCCGUCACCACCGCCAGGAACCUGAACAAGUCUUUGCAGAACCUGAGUUUGACAGAAGAAUCCGGCGGUGCGGUGGCGUUCUCCCCCGGGAACCUCAGCACCAGCAGCAGCGCCAGCAGCACCCUGGGCAGCCCCGAGAACGAGGAGUACAUCCUCUCCUUCGAGACCAUCGACAAGAUGCGCCGCGUCAGCUCCUACUCCUCCCUCAACUCGCUCAUAGGUGUUUCUUUUAAUAGCGUUUACACUCAAAUCUGGAGGGUCUUACUGCACCUGGCGGCUGACCCCUAUCCGGACGUGUCCGACCUGGCCAUGAAGGUUCUCAACAGCAUUGCCUACAAGGCCACAGUGAAUGCCCGGCCCCAGCGCAUCCUGGACACCUCCUCUCUCACGCAGUCGGCCCCCGCCAGCCCGACCAACAAGGGCAUGCACAUCCACCAGGUGGGAGGCUCUCCCCCAGCGACCAGCACAAGUAGCUCCAGCCUGACCAACGACGUGGCCAAGCAGCCGGUCAGCCGGGACCUGCCCUCGGGCCGGCCGGGCGCCGCGGGCCCCGUGGGGGCACAGUACACCCCUCACUCGCACCAGUUCCCCCGGACGCGGAAGAUGUUCGACAAGGGCCCAGAGCAGACCACCGACGACGGCGACGAUGCUGCCGGACACAAGAGCUUCAUCUCCGCCUCGGUGCAGACGGGGUUCUGCGACUGGAGCGCGCGCUACUUCGCCCAGCCUGUCAUGAAGAUCCCGGAAGAGCAUGACCUGGAGAGUCAGAUCCGCAAGGAGCGGGAGUGGCGCUUUCUGCGGAACAGCCUGGUCCGGAAGCAGGCCCAGCAGCUCAUCCAGAAGGGCGUCACGAGACUGGACGACCAGAUAUUUCUGAACAGGAACCCGGGUGUCCCCUCCGUGGUCAAAUUUCACCCCUUUACCCCGUGUAUCGCCGUAGCUGAUAAGGACAGCAUCUGUUUCUGGGACUGGGAGAAAGGGGAGAAGCUGGACUAUUUCCACAACGGAAACCCGCGGUACACACGGGUCACGGCCAUGGAGUACCUGAACGGCCAGGACUGCUCGCUGCUGCUGACGGCCACUGAUGACGGUGCCAUCAGGGUCUGGAAGAACUUCGCUGACUUGGAAAAGAACCCAGAGAUGGUGACCGCGUGGCAGGGGCUCUCGGACAUGCUGCCGACGACGCGAGGAGCCGGGAUGGUGGUGGACUGGGAGCAAGAGACCGGCCUCCUCAUGAGCUCGGGGGACGUGCGGAUCGUCCGGAUCUGGGACACGGACCGCGAGAUGAAGGUGCAGGACAUCCCCACGGGUGCAGACAGCUGUGUGACAAGCCUGUCCUGCGACUCCCACCGCUCGCUCAUUGUGGCUGGCCUUGGCGACGGCUCCAUCCGCGUCUACGACAGGAGGAUGGCGCUCAGCGAGUGCCGCGUCAUGACGUACCGCGAGCACACGGCCUGGGUGGUGAAGGCCUACCUGCAGAAGCACCCCGAGGGCCGCAUCAUGAGCGUGAGCGUCAAUGGAGAUGUGCGUGUCUUUGACCCACGGAUGCCUGAGUCUGUGAACGUCCUUCAGAUCGUGAAGGGGCUGACGGCCCUGGACAUCCACCCCCAGGCAAACCUGAUCGCAUGCGGCUCCGUGAACCAGUUCACCGCCAUCUACAACGGCAGCGGCGAGCUGAUCAACAACAUCAAGUAUUACGACGGCUUCAUGGGCCAGCGCGUCGGCGCCAUCAGCUGCCUGGCCUUCCACCCACACUGGCCCCAUCUGGCGGUGGGAAGCAACGACUACUACAUCUCCGUGUACUCGGUGGAGAAGCGGGUCAGAUAGCGGCACCACCGGACCCUGCCAGGCCGCCGCCUGCUGUACAUAGUGACCCCACCGCGCGUCCGAGCGUAGCGUCGCCCUGCUGCUGCCCACGUGAACACUGGUUCCUGCCCUCGCUACUGACGACUGGAGGAGGGCCCU